AUGGCCCCCCACGGCCUCGACCCAAUCUCUCCAAGGCCUCCUUCGCCUCAAUCUCCGCCUCGGUUUGUCGAUGGCUACUUUCCUCAACAACCCUCUCCUCCGAUGGCCAUCCACAGUGAUGACCGGGUGCUUCAAUUGAUCCAACAACUCGAAGCAGACCGUAAGGUUUUCGACAAGCUCAUCGACGCUCUAAGUCAGGCCCUUAAGUCCCAGCCGGACCGGAACGAUCCUCGCCCUACCGAGACAUCCCUCCCAUCUGCCGCUUCUACAUCCUCUCUGCCAGUGUCUGACGUCGCUCGACAGCCUCAACAACCAAAAAGACGGACGACCAGUCUGACGAGUCAUUCAGCCCUCAGCCGCCACGUCCUAGAGCAACACAAUCACUCCCGCCAACCCAAGGAUUCGAUUUAUACCGGAGAUGGAAGUUCUGACAGCGACGACGACGAGUCGUUCUUCGCCCAGGAGACAUUGCCGCCGCAAGACUUCUCCGAGAGUGAUCUGAUCGAGCAUCUGCAGACACAUACAUGGGAUAAAUACAGCCAAUACAUACUCCAAGACCUUCUGCAAAACAUCGACUUGCUUUCCGUUGGCAUUUUCGUCAAGGAUAGGCACCAUCAGACGGAUGCUAAUCACCAACAUGCUGACAUCUACCACGUUGGCACCGAUGGCGCACCUGUCCGUUUAUCCACGGGUGGUUCGGAUGAAGGCCCGCUGGCCUCUUGGGAAGCGUUGAAGAGUAUCAACAGCAAUGCCUCCAGGAAGCAAGCUGUGGGCCGUAUCAUCAUUGUGCGAGAGCCCGCGUCGAGCCUGUUCGCUGCGCUGCACCUCACCAUGCACGAAUACUUCGACAUGGACUCGAUCUACAAAAUUUUGAUCGAUGAUGACACCCCGAGUAAAGCAAUUACCAAGGGCUACCUCGAGAAGGACCAGCGUCGGCAACGAUCCAUUGUAUUUGUCUUCAAAUAUCACACUAUUGUGGGAGAAGGACGGGCUCCCCUCCACUGGCAGAGCCAUGACGACGACCUAGAUCCUUCAAAGGAUCACAUUCCUCUGGCGACGUGUUCCUCCGUCGUCGGCCUGUCGCUGGCAGGGAAUCCCGCUUAUACGCUACGGCGGAAUUCCAGAAAGAGCAAAUUGGUACUUGGGAACGUCUACGACCCCUUCGCACCAUGGCAUGUGCUAUCGAUACAGUGCUUUCCGGACUGGAACUCGAACGUGGAGGCACAUGACCACAAUCAUCACUACUGUAACGGACCCGACGCGUUCUUGGCCACUCUCUUGUCCGAAUAUCGAGACGCAAUCAAGCGGUUCAAGGUGGUGCAUAAGAAGAUUCAAGGGCUGGCAACACCGCCAAAUAGCUCCAUCUUCGACAGUGCCUUGCGAGACGAACUGCUCUUCGAGAACAACAGAUUCACCUAUUCACGUCGCUACUUCUGGGCGUCACAAACACUGGGUCUGUUAAGCAACGAAAUCAGGGACAUGAUCGCAACCUACAAAGACACCUUCACAGAUGAGUUCUGGACUGGAGAACACAAGACGCUCUUUCCGGGCACAAAGGACCAGUCGCCGCGCUACAACAACUGGAGGAAGAAAUUGGUCCAUACUCGGAGACAUUUUGAGAAGGAAAUGUCCCAUCUGGAAGAGGUCUUCCAGACGUUUCAGGAUCAACAAAAGCAGAUUAAGAAUCUUCGUGAAUGGUUGUUUUCUGGGACCUCCGUGCUAGAAAGCAGAGAAGCUGUCAGCAUGGCCAAGAUCACGGUCGAACAAGGGUAUAACAUCCGGCUGUUGACGCUCGUCACGCUGUUCUACCUUCCCCUGAGCUACGUGACAGGUAUCUAUGGGAUGACAAAUAUGCCCCCCGAGGACUCUUUUCUACCGUUCGCGCUGACGACAGUGGGGAUCUGCGUACCCACGUACCUACUCAUCCUUAUCGUGAACAAUCCCGAAACCUUCAAAAAGGUGCUGGCCAAUGUCGGGCUAUUCUUCACCAGAAUUACAGCAAUCCCAGCACCCAAGAGAUCCAAGAAGCUCAGGGAAAAGAUCCUCGAGCACAAGAUGCCGCAUCUGGAAGUCCAACCUGAAAUGCACAGGUCUGCCACGUUUGCCAGCUUGGAAGCGAGGUUAUCGCAGGAAUUGACUCAGGAGCCUUCUCUGCGCGGAUCGCAAGGUUUCAUGCAAGCUACUCGACGAAUGUCCCAGACCAUCACGAAUCACCUGCACGGCGCAAGCGGACGACAUUCUUCGCAGGCAGCGACCCGCAUGCCGCCUAGGUUGUCUACAUAUCCAGAAUCACAGAAGGGGUUGGCAGGAGGUCGUAUGCGGUCCAGCACCAUAAAAUUCGAGGAGCCAUUCUCAAGCCCAAUGAAAUGGCGCACGGAGGAAUCACAGGCAACUACAGUUCGGGAUUUCGAAAAGUCUACUUCGAAUAUUUCCGCAAUCUCACCAACGGAAAGCCCUGCUCUGCCAGCAGUUGUUCUCACUAGUCCAAUUGGAUCACCAUUGUCGUCUCCGCCGCAGAGAGGCCUGCUGCGGCCGCCAGACUCACGACGACGAGGAAGGAGUCUCAGCCCGCGGAGUGGAGGUGGCGCAAGGUCGCUCUUCGGUAGACUUGGCGGCCGAUUGUCGUCGGCGCUGCCAUCGCCAAAGUCAUCAGAGCCAGGAAGUCCCAUGGAGACAGUAUAA